GCUCCGGAGCGGACGCGCAGAUUCAUUCAGGGCUCGGAUGUGUCGUUUUGCAGCAGCUGGAAAACCCGAGGUCCGCGCCGUGCACGAAUAUUAUUUCAUUUGCUAAUUUUUUUGUUGGGUAAUUAUUCCCGCUGCGUCACUGGACAUUCCCGGUACCGCUUGAACCGAACCGCUGACGGGCCCUGCUGAGGAGGUGAGAUCAUUCCUUUUGGACUCUUUCCGGACCUGAGCAGUGCGUAGCUUCACCAGCCGCUGGACACCAUGGCACUGGACGGAUGUGGCCUCGUCUGCAAAUACAUCCUGCUCGUUUUCAACAUCAUCUUUGCGGUGGUUGGCAUCGCCUUCCUUGGUCUCGGGCUGUGGCUGAGAUUGAGCGACAACACCAGAGGAAUCUUUGAAAUCGAGCAGCUCAACUCCAGCGCGUUCGUCAUCGGUGUGACCGUCCUGAUAGUUCUGGGUUCUGUGAUGCUGGUCGUGGUGUCGUUUGGAGACUACGGCGCCUGCAAUGAGAAGAGAUGUGCUCUGAAAGUGUUCGCCAUCCUCGUGGCCUUUCUGGCGACGGGUGAGAUCAUCGUCGGAGUGCUGGCGUAUUCCAAGAGAGAUGAGGUGGGAUUGAGAUUUGCAGAGUUCUACACCAGCAUGUACACUCUGUACAUGAACAGCGGAGACCCAGCCAUCGCCGUCACGCUCACGUUCAUCCACAACGUGUUUCACUGCUGUGGAGUGACCGGCGUCUCGCUGAUCGAGAUGGCUAAAGACACCUGUCCCAAACCAGAUGGCUUCAUGGAGAAACUCGUCAUGCCUAGCUGUCCCGUGACCAUUGCACAGGUCUUCGACAGUAAAGCGCCACUAGUGAUGGGCAUCUUCUUCGGAACUGGAGCUCUUCUGAUUACCGCCCUGGUCUGCAGCGGUAUCCUCCUGAAACAAAUCAAGAAAAGCCAUCAAGCGGUCACCACGUACUAUUCAACCGUGUACUAAGAAGAGAAGGAUCAGGGCGUCCGACCUUUUACUCUCCUCUGCCUCAUCGACAAAGACCACCGCCCAACCAGCAGGAUAAUGUUUACAGACCUUCCUCUGUAUGUGAAGCGCUGAUCACAUUACUUUUGGAGCCACAGUUGAGUUAAAAUGCAUCUUUUAAAUCCUAUAACAUUACAUUCUGACCCGUUGUAAAUAAAAUGACCGUUUAGCGUGCUAGCCUAGCGGCGGUUCAUCAUUGUACGAUUUGAACGUUUCACAGAUUCAGUUGGUUGGACAAUGGGAGAGAGACAUUUCCAUUUUAGCUGUUAUUUUCAUAUGUAGUGAUCUGUAGCAUUACGCCAGCAGCUUAGAAAUUUUGCUUUUUGCUUAAGUUUUGUGCCUUUGUGUUAAACAUUCACUGGGUCAAGCAUCGCUGAGCUACACAUGUAAAAAGGGAUCAUUUUGUUUAAAAAGAAUCUUUCAUAAGCUAUAUUCUGGUCAAAUCACAGUGUUGACACGUUGACUUCAGGUGCCUUGUUUGAUCUUUAUUCUGCUCGUCACAGCCGCCAUUCGGCACGUCAGGGUGUAAUGACCGGAUCUCUCCGGUUCUACUCCUGUUCUGUACUUGGUACGGUCAUUCCUUCCUUUGCCGUCGUUUUGUGCCAAUUUCAUUCCAUUUACUGUCUUCAUGAUGCCUGUCCAGAGGAGAACGGGACCGAACAGAAAGUGAAACCAAACCCCUCGAAUGUGACGAAUGUUCUGCAGGUUUCUUUGUCAUCGGGUUCUGUUUAAGGUUGUGAAAUGUUUAAAAGCUGUUUUUGUUUUUUUCUGGAUGUGCAUGUUUGAUACUGAGAACAACAGUAAAGCUGAACCUUUCAUUCCUAUUCGUUCCACUCUGUGACCAACGUAAUGCACACAGAAAGAAAACUGCUUGUUCCUUCUCCGUAGCUACUAACUGUUGCAUUGCACUAUAUCGUUAAGUUCACACGUUUUUGAACUUAAUACUCUGUAGAAAAUUGUACUUGUUUCCAUAAAACCACAAAAAAACAA